AGGGAGCACCUGAAUUCAACUUUUUGAAUCUUCUCUCAGUGGUUAAUCUAAAACCAAAGAGAUGAAACUUGCAUUGAGUAAUGAACUAGAGACUCCAUUUCCCUCCUCUCUUCUAGACCAGAGAGAGAGAGAGAGAGAGAGAGAGAGGAAUCCAGCUUUACAGAGAAACACACUACUCAAGAGCAGAGGGCAAAAGGGGUAUCUUGCCACUGAUCAUAAAGUCACUCACCAACAGUGACAAGAUAGGCACAAGCACAACAGUGUAGCUUCUUGAGUUCAGAUCUUCUGGUGAAUCACUUUACCAAGCAGCUUCUGCACGAGCUUAUGCCAGCUGAAACAUCAUGAAGAAGAAGAUGAGCUGGAAUUGUCUCAGGUUGAGCUCCUUCGUGUCUCCAUUGGUGCUUAAAGCUGGGAUCUUCAGUGCACUGCUCUUGCUCCCAGGUGGAGUGACUUCACAGGGCCAGCUGCCCCCAGCCACACCCAGUACUGGCAUCGUUUGCAUCAGCAACUGCGCCACUUGCCCUGUCAUUUGCUCAUCCCCUCCUCCGUCACUGCCGUCCUACCAGCCUCCGCUGCCACCACUCCCGACGCUGCCCCCGCCGCCGCCGCCUGCCCACCACCAUCAUCCUCCGCCCGGGUCUUCCCAUUCCUCCUCGCCGCCGCCGCCGUCCUCGCUGGAGCCUCCGCCGCUGAGCACCCCUCCCGCCCCGCCUGUGCCAACGCUGCUGCCGCCGCCCGGGGCGCCGUCGCUGUACCCUUCGGGGAGCACUCCGCCGCCUCCUUUUAAGUACUCCAACUAUCCACCUUCUGUUCCUGGGACUCCAGGAGUGGGAAUGGGAGGGCCUGGUUACUCUUAUCCACCUUCUGGUCCUGGGACUCCAGGAGUGGGAACGGGAGGGCCUGAUUACUCUUAUCCUUACUACUAUUUCUAUGCCUCAGAGGCUGCUACUUUAGCUGGUCAUUGUCACUUGUUUAUGUUGCUGCUGUUGUUGUUCUUUUAUGUUGUAUGAUCUUAGGAUAUGGUUGAGAGGGCAUAGCCAGAGAGCAAGAAUUUGUUCACUAAGUUUGGUGCUUGCUUGUAAGUUCUGGAUGCUAGCUGUUCAUAAAAGUCUCUCCUUAGUUUAUGUUGCAAGCUGCAAA